AUGGAGUCUGCGUCAGCCCCUGUACUUAUUGGUGGACUUAUUGACUGUGUAGCCCAGUUAAUACGAAUAGCUGAAGAGCUUUUACAGUUGAUCUCACAAGAACAGGUUCCUUGUAUAGAGCAAAAUGAUGAAACAGAAGAAGAUGCUUUUUUUUCUGAGGAAGCUCCACUACCAGACCUUGCUCAUCUCCCAGACUUAGAAUCAAUACUGACACCAAGAGAAGAUGAAGACCUACUCUUUGAUGUAGAUCAAGUUAUGUUAGAAAUGGGUGAAUUUUAUGAACAACAACUCAGUAGUGUUAACAACGAGUUAAGAAAUGGCUAA